GGGCUAGGCAGCUGCGGGGGGGAGCUUGUCGGGGUCCGGAUGGGCCUGACUCAGCCACUGGGCACCGCACGGGUCGGGGCGGCGGUACCGAGGGGGCAGGACCGUAGGUGCCCGGGGCACUAGUGCAAAGGGGGGUCGUGGGCAGGUGCCUGGGGCACUAGUGCAAAGAGAGGGGCAGGGGGUAGGUGCCCGGGGAGCUGGUGCAGGGGGGGUCGGAAGUAGGUGCCCGGGGAGCUGGUGCAGGGGGGUCGGGGGUAGGUGCCUGGGGAGCUGGUGCAGGGGGGUCGGGGGUAGGUGCCCGGGGAGCUGGUGCAGGGGGGUCGGGGGUAGGUGCCCGGGGAGCUGGUGCAGGGGGGUCGGGGGUAGGUGCCCGGGGAGCUGGUGCAGGGGGGUCGGGGGUAAGUGCCCGAGGAGCUGGUGCAGGGGGGUCGGGGGUAAGUGCCCGGGGAGCUGGUGCCGGAGGGGCAGGGGGUAGGUGCCUGGGGAGCUGGUGCAGGGGGGUCGGGGGUAAGUGCCCGGGGAGCUGGUGCCGGAGGGGCAACCCAUCCAUGGAGGAAAAGCGCAUCCUGUGUAUUGGCCUGGUUUGCCUGGACAUAAUCAGCGUGGUGGACGUGUACCCGGCCGAGGACACGGACACCAGGUGCCUGUCUCAGCGCUGGCAGCGGGGGGGCAAUGCCUCCAACUCCUGCACUGUGCUGUCCCUGCUGGGGGCACCCUGCGCCUUCAUGGGCUCGUUGGCGCCAGGACACGCAGCAGACUUCGUCCUGGCCGACCUGCGGCGCUAUGCAGUGGAGCUCACCCACCUGGUCUCGCACCCCGAGAGCUCCUUCCCCACCUCCAUCGUCAUCAUCAGCGCGAGCCGGGGCACCCGCACCAUCCUGCACACAAACAGAAACCUGCCAGAUGUGACAGCCCAGGAUUUCGAGCAGGUCGACCUCACCCAGUACAAGUGGAUCCAUUGGGAGGGCAGGAACGCUGCAGAGCAGGUGAAAAUGAUCCAGCGCGUGGAGGAGUAUAACCGGACCUGCCCAGCCCACCAGAGAGUCUCUACGUCGGUGGAGGUGGAGAAACCCCGGGAAGAGCUGUACCAGCUCUUCGGCUACGGAGACGUGGUAUUUGUCAGCAAGGAGGUGGCGAAGGCCUUUGGGUUCCACUCGGCGCCUGAGGCCGUGAAGGGGCUUCACAGCCGUGUGAGACCAGGGGCAGAGGCUGCAGGAGGCGCUGACCUUUGGCUGCCAGGUGGCCGGCAGGAAGUGUGGGGUCCAUGGCUACGACGGCAUCGUGUGAGCAGAGUGCCGCCCACGGCGGGAGAUGCCCCCUUUGCACCAGGAGGUGGCAGCUGGUGCCAACUGGCCGGGAUUUCCUGGGGCACGAGGGCUGAGCUGUUGGCGCUGCCCGCUGGGUGCCGCAGUGCCAGCUCCCCGGGCACUGUACCUGGCCCUGCGGGUCCCCUCCCCGUCCUGCGUAGUCAAUAAACGCUUGGGAACGGC